AUGGAGUUGAUUUUGACGGAUGCCGAAUACCGACUAACCACCGAGCGACAGCUUAAAUACCAAGGUACCGCUAAAGUCAAUCUCGACCAGAUCUCACUCCAGCCUCUGAGUAGCCGGGAGAUCGACCACCAAAAUGUGGAGCGGUUACGUGAGAUCUUUGCCAAGGAUGGGUGUAACCGCCUAGACCUACGAAACCACGUGACUGCUGUUGUGUCCAGGCAACACCUGCAGAGAGCCUGCCACGCUACGGGACUGGCUCUGGAGGAACUAAAAUCUCGCCAACAACAGUACCCACGCCUGAGAUUUCAUGGACGACGGGUAAAAUGCCUCCAUGGACAACAUAGACUUAAAGCUGCCGAGGAUUUCUUGUCCCCCUCCGACCGGUGGUGGACGGUCGACCUAUACCUGGAUGAUAUUAGCCCCGACCUACGGAAUGCCCUCGUCGAUGAAUAUGCGAAUGAGAAGCCCCCAACCGAUGGGGAGGUGUACCGGAAGAUCCGUCAAUACCAACACGAAAGUAACGCCCUCUUUCAAAAUCGCUGGUGGUCCCGGCUAUCGCCGAACAAAGCCAAGCGGUUACGGCGGCUUACGUCUCAGGACAAUGCCUAUCUCUGCGCCGCAUUUGAUACGUUACUGGCGAUCCCAGGAAUCUGGAAUGGGAUGAGCCUAGGGUCACUAAACACCGUGAUGGCGCUGAAGUGUGACGAAGUGAUUCAUUACUUGGAGCAUGUGAAGAACUUCUGGGCAACGCUGGUCAACCAUGACCGUGCUCAGAUGGCCCGAAUUGACCUACAUACGGUGGACACACUGCAACUGUACGCCCCUCGGGCGUCUACAGUUGAUCGGAAGAUCGUGAAAGGCAAAAUCCUCAGCGGCGAAGUGUUUUCCAACUUCAGCCGCUCGGAACGAGCCGCGAUCUGGGAGAGCCUACGGUCGAACGAGACGUGCGACGGCAUCAUCCCGUCCCUCCAUACCUUUUUCCGCGACAUUUUGUACCUGGAAGUCUGUGCCAAUGCCGUCAAACGACUGGUAAUAUUGAACAAGCGGCACCCCACCAUUCGGCUUGCACUAGUGCACAGCUUUCGACCCGGUCCCGCUGACAGGGAUUGUCUGAUUCAGACGUCUGAAACCACGUUCCGCCGACAGCCGGGGUCCAACGACGAACGACUGUCGUUGGCAUACCGCCAGAUCUGGCUGUAUGCUAUGCGACAUUACCCAGACAUGGCCAAGAAUAUCGCGGCCGGUAAGGCCGCCAACCCCGCACGGGCAAAGGCGCGAGCGAAGGCGGACGAGGGCGUGAUUCAUGAUAUGGCUAGUCUUGCUCGGAAGCUAGGCUUUCGGACCACGCAGAUUAAAGCAAUCCUCCAGCAAUCGCCUGACCGGCAGAUCGCUAGGGCGGCGCUGCUCAAAGCUCAUUGCUGGUUGUUUUGCUCGCGCUAUUCCGAAGAAAGGCCUACCAAUGACAGUCACCGCUGGCCGGGCGAUGAAAUUGAACGACCGAUAUGGAAUUCCUCCUGA